UCUUUUUCUUAUUUGCAGAUUUGGGACCAGAGCCAGCCACACAAUAUGCAAGAAUAUUGUGCAGGUGUCAACAUGUCACCAGCAACAAUCUCCAGGAUCUCAUCGCUUGGAUAAAGAACUCCCACUGCAUUGGAAUGCAAUCGAAUGUGCAACAAGUUAAUUGACUUACUCUCUUUCCUCCCCUUUCUUUAAAUUUCAACGUGUACCUACGCCCAUGGGAAUGUGGGUGCUGUAUUAACGAGCAGGACCCCCUUUCUUCUAUUCCGUCUGGUCUAAUUCAACUCUUCAGCGGAUGGAUGGAGCAACUGCGGAUGCCGGGGUGUAUUCUCCAGUCAAAAAGAUUGGCGUCGUCAUCUCGCUCGGACAUUGACUCCUAUAGGUCAUCGACGUGCAACAUUCAAUGAAGAAUAAUAAGCGACACUGAAAAUAAUCAGGAUCUCGAUCGGAUGUGUGUGCUGGACGGACCUUUAUUUAUUGAUGGCUGGGCGUCCUUGAUUUCUUAGCGACACUACUGCCAUAAGACGGAAUAAAAGCGGCGAAUAACAAAUACAUGGUGCACCGUUCACUUGGAGAUGGGACUUGAAACAAUUGAGAACGGCCAACGACGAUGGCCUGUUGCGUCGUCACCGUCUCCCACGGUCUACGAGUCGCCAUUAAAACCUGCUGGAUCAUAAUUGUUGUCGCAUCGUUUUACGUCCUUUUCCUAAACAGCCGCCAUGCUAAACAGCCGUUCAUCUCGUCGUUGUUGGAUCCUGCCGAUCCCGCCCGUGAAUGGUGUCCCAUUCCAUCGCCUAAACUGAUUGGCUGGACAAACAUCUCGUCGUUGGCAAUGGACGUCUUCCGAAAGAACCAGCAACAUCAAAAAUCGGUUAUUAAAAUCGACCGUGUCAGAGAUGGCGGGAAAUACGAACCGGCCGAGUGCCAGUCACGAAACCACAUCGCCAUCGUCGUUCCUUAUCGCAACCGGGCCGACCAUUUGGCCGUUUUCCUGCGCUACAUGCACCCGUUCCUGCAGAGGCAGCAGCUCAGCUACAUCAUCAUCGUCGUCGAGCAAUCCGACAACGGUAAUUCGCCUUUCAACCGCGGAAUGCUGAUGAACAUUGGCUUCAACGAGGCCCAGCUGUUAAUGGAGAAAUUCCAAUGUGUCAUCUUUCACGACGUGGAUUUGCUGCCGGAGAACGACGCCAAUCCUUACACCUGCCCGCAAGACGGCCGGCCUCGGCAAAUGUCCUUCUCCAUCGACUACUUGAACCAUUACAAACCGACGGCGAGAAAUCAUUUCGGUGGCGUGACGGCCCUGUCGGCCAACGACUUCCGGACCCUCGGCGGCUAUUCCAACGCCUUCUGGGGCUGGGGCGGCGAGGAUGAUGAGCUUUACAACCGGGUCAAGUCCCACAACAUGACGGUGACUAGGGCCUUUGACGGCCAGCAGCCGCCGUCGCUCUUUAUUCCUUUGACCAGAUACAAGUCGCUGUCCCAUCGGAAAGCCAAGCCCAAUCCGGAUCGCAAGCGGCUGCUCAAACAAGCGUCGACCGGAUACAUCAAGGCUGACGGCGGAUUGGCCACUCUCGUGUACAAGAGACUAGAUCGGCAGCUCAAGCCGCUCUACACCCACGUAAUCGUCGACAUUCACCCGUGACGAUGAGACCCGGGUCGUGACGUCCCACCAUUUAUACAAGUUAUGUUAUAUAAUCUCGGUUCAUGAUGUGGAAUUCCAACCGAUUGCCAUCGAAAAUUUCUUUUUUUUUGCUGCAUUAUGGAAAUAAUAAAUGUUGUCGUAUCGGCCCGGUUUUCUGAUUCAAUGUGUGAUUCUAUAAUAUCUGCAGUAGGCUACCCAUGGCGGAUGAAAUUAUUUGGCGAAGGUUAUCACGAGUUUCUAUCGUAUCUCUAUAUUUUAUUUCCGGUUUGAUACUUUGAUUUGUUGUAUUGGAUUUUUUUGUUUCGAGAUGAACUUGUAUCGAUUUUUAAUUAUUUAUAUCGAUAUCUUUAGUUUGGGGCUAAUUAGAAUAUUAGUGUCGUCUGCUUUCUUUGUGUUUUCGAAAAAGAGAACAAAGAAAACGGAAAGAGAUACGGUUGUGGAAACGUGGCUGCACGAAAAAACAGUAGAACAAUUAAAAUUACGAAAAUGUGGUCGUCAUUUCAACACUCUGGUGUGUUGGACUGGCUCUCGUUUUAUAGAAUCGCUCAAUACCAUGCCGAGUUCUAGAUUGGAGGCCAGAACCCACCACCGUUACAACAGGAUAUGCCAGUUUUGCUGGGUGUUGACUCAUCACCAGCAACAGUCUCAGCAUCUCUGCCUAGAUAAAACAGUGGACUCCCCCUUCUUGUAAUGCCCUCGUGUACACCCAUGUGUGUGUGGGUGGAGAUACUCACGAGGACGCCCCUUAUGCAGAUCAUGGCCUGGUGGAUUCAACUUACGGAUGGAGAGCACCUGCUGUGGAUGCCUGACCGUAUUUCCCAGGCAGAAAGGUAGGACAACAUUGAUCUCUAUUCUUCCUUUUUUUGACUGUUGCUGUCGAUUAUCAAUCGUGACGAAUAGUAGUAGUAAUAGUACGAAUUAUUCCUGCACUAAUAGGCGGUUAGCCGUUUUUUUUUUGCCGUUUUUGUUGACUCAAAAAGGUUUCGUUAAAUAGCGCCUUGUUUGUACUGGAGAUCAGGCUCAGUUUUGUAUUUCACAACUUUGCUAGUGGGUAAUAUAAACAAUCAACGGUAUUGGGUUAUUACUCAUGGGCCAUGAGUUAAUUCCAAGUAAAGUGCAACUAGAUUUAUUUUGUUUUUUAGAAGAGUAACUUCCUCGUUUAGACUUUCGUUCCAACUCGAUAACUUAAAACAUUGAAGCCACUUUUUCUUCGUAUUUAUAUCGACAGCUGAAUUUAUUAACAGAACAAGUCUCUUGUUGAAGGGAGUUAUUAGGAUCAUAAUAGGUGAUCCCAGCACGUCGAGCAAGGGUAUAUCACAAGAUGGCGGGCGAGAAAACGCAAUCGGAUUUGGUUUCCCACCAGUCGGUUAAAUCGGCAUAGAUUUGGGGUGGGCGAGUUGAGUCGUGGAGGGCGGCGCACAGGUGGCACAUGCCCAGGUUCUUGUCCCGCUGGCUGUCCCGCACCCGGAAGUGAGGCUUCCACCAAAAGUACUCGUUGUACAGCGUGUCGUUCUUGUCCAGGAGGAUCAAAUAAUCGGCCAGGGCUUUCAUUGAUUUGAAUUUGGCGGCGUUGAUGAAGGAAUGCGGCGGUGCCAGUUUUUCGUGGUCGUCGUGGAGGCCGAAAACGACGGGCAGGAUCGGGCGGCGCAUGUUGUCGAAAAAUCUAUUAGACAACACACGAGUAAUAGGAAAUUGGGUAUUAAACAAGAGAUGCAAAAUAAUUAAAUGUCCACAUACUUUUCGGUGACGUAAUGGCGGCAGAGGGAAUUCUCCAGGGCGAAAUAGAAUUUGUAAUUGUCGGCCACCAUGUCCCGGCACUCGUCGCUCGACACGAACGAAUUAUCACGUUUCUUGGGGCACGUCAUGUUCCCGCAGUUGCCGUACACGUCGAUUGUCAUGUACUUUUGCAGUUUUUUGACCAUUUCGUUUCGGCUGCUGACGACUGCUUGGCAGUUUGACACGAACCAGGCGGCCAUUUUCGUUUUUCCCUGGGCGUAAUUAACUUUGGUGGUGUCAUUAGACGCUAACAAAAGGUUCUUCAUUUGAUUUGGAGUGGGAUGAAGGGGGACGUUUCCCGUUGGCGCAAUGUAGCCGUAAGGGUAAAUCAUGUCCGAGUCCCAUCGGUACGUCAUGGUCCAGUUGAAGAAAUUGGCCAUACGGGCGACUCUGUAGGCGGCCCAGGCCGGCGACUCGAUACUAAAGAAAACGUAGCGCUGGUGAGGCGAGCGACGCUUCGGUAAAUCUUUUUGGUUCCACGUGCGAAGAUGAAAGACGAUGGCGUCGUAAUUCUGGACGUCGGUCCGGUUGUCUGACGUUUCGCACUGCCAAACGGGACAGCCCCAUUGGCGCAAGGCAUCCCGACCGAGCCCCACCCCGUAAUUCUUUUCUUUUUUGAACUUGAUUUUCAUAUCAUGUACAAAUAAUAAUAUCGAUUGAUGAUAUGAAUGAAAAUAGUUAUUAUCGAAUGAGGCUCACCGUAUUCCAGAAGAGGAUCCUUUUGAAUUUUGGCGGUUCAUCGUCCUGAUUGGCCAACGGCAAUGGCAGUUGAUCCUUUGAAUAAUUGUCAAUCAGGUGAUAGAGUUGCUGGGGUUGUUGCUGUUGAUUCGAGAGUGCUGGUUGCAACGUCGAAUGGUUUGGAAGAUUCGGUCUGACGUGAUGGCCGUCAAAAAAUGUCCACUCGAUGAAAAGGAAAACCAAGGCGAUCAAAGAAGCGAUUGCACGGCGAUUGACGUUGAACAUUUUCGAUUCAAGUUGUGACACUUUUUUAAUCACUUCCAUGUCACAGACUGAGGCCAGACUUUAGUGGUGAGGCCUCAAUUGCAUCAUCACGACAAUCACGAUUAUUAUUAAGGCGGUGAAUAAUAACGAAACUCAACUUUUGGCGUUUGUCCUAUAGACUGCAGAUGAUGAUGACGGCCAUCAAACCCUUUGAUUUCACGAUGGCGACUGCUGAUGGGUUCAAGUGCGUCUAGUGGAAGACGGUGGGCGGAUGCGCGUGAUCAGCUGCGCUAUAUUCAUUGGCAACGGUCGAAUGCGUUUGAGCUUUUCUCUUAUGGACUCGCCCUUUGUCCGAUGGCGAAACUCCGCCCAUCCGCUGAAUUGAUUCGAAUAACCAGAAUUAUAAACAAAUGCGGGAAAAAAUGACCUUGGCCGUGGGCCAGCCAAACCGCACGCCAACCGCGUCUCCGACAGGACGAACCUGUUGACUGAUGCACGUGCGGCCGGUCGUUGACUCGGGAUACCGGCAAAUUCAAAAUUCUGCCCGAAAUUGGAAAUAUAUAUAUUCUCGUUCAAUGUCCUAUUUUGUCUAAUGCCUGCUCAUGCCCUCUGGGGCCAUUGAGCGAAACUGCGGCAAAUAUUGAUGGGAUGGGCGAAUUCGAUUUCGUGAUUGGACGACCGGGGCGUGUCCCAAUAACUUGUUGGCCAACUUGUGAACGUGAGGUCAUUUGAGACUUGCAAGGCCAUACAACCAAGACUAGCAACAACCAGCAUCAGCUAUAGCUGCACCGAAAAGGAAAUGUUGACUUGUAGAUUAGAAUAUCAAAUGAGACUGGGCUUCAAAUCAUCGGUCAUCGCCUGCUGCGACUCGCAACUUUUAUGUCACAACAACCAACAGCAGCAGCAUCAGGUAGAUGUACGGGGGUAGAAAACCGGUGCAGGGUCAUUGUUUUAUGCCUUCGGGCUCGGCUCAUGUAUUCCUGAGACAGCAUGCUCAGUCACAAAUGAAUGUACGUACUUGUAGGGAAUUUAUUUCGUCAAUCGAGUCGCACUGCAAAUGUCGUUGAACAAGAGCUGAGUGAUUUGCGAGAGAGCCGAAUAGCCCGUGUGCACAGAGUCUUGGCAAUUUCGAUAAGCGCUAGAGCAGAAUUUCAUUUUCAAUAAGCUACGAGUAAUUUUCUGCCUCUCGUAGCGCUUGAAUAGGUCGCAACUGCGGACGUAUUCCUCGACCAGUCGAUUCCCUGAAUCCCAAAUGUGCACAUUGCUCCUGCUGCCCUUUUGAUUCCUGCAUUUGCGACCACAGCAGUUGUAAUUAUGAACUAUGAAUUUUAACUUUAAAAUUCCAAACUCACUCGAGUAGAAUGCGCCUGACGUAUGUGUUGUAGCCGUUUAUCUUUCUCGAAUGAACCUGCGUGUUGGUAGAAUUAUUUGCGCCGUUGGAUUCGAUUGUCGGAUAUUGAUUGAGCCAAAUGACUCGAGUGACAUUCGACAGUUGGGCCAAGACCGGGGCCAGUUCCGUCAGUUUUCCUUCGUAAUAGCGGUGUUGUACGCGCAACAUGUGCCACAGGG